AUGGCGCCAAUCAAGCGCAAGGGGAAUGCCCCCGAAGAAAACACUUCCCGCCAGCCCCAAAAACGUGCUAAAGUUGGAGCGGAAGAGGUCAAGAAAGACCAUAAAUCAAACGAUGCCACAUCCACCGCUGGGAAGGCUUCAGAACUAUCUGUCCUGCGCGAUGACGAACCCUCGUUCCCUCGUGGUGGCGCAAGUGUUCUGACACCAUUGGAGCGCAAGCAAAUUCAGAUCCAAGCCAACAAAGAUGUUUUGUUCGAGCAGAAAGCAUCUGGAAACCAGAAACCCUCCAAACAGGCACCUUCCAAAGAAUUUGCCGAGGAGAGCGAUAACGAUGUUGAGAUGGAAGACGAAGAAACUACUACAACAACCAAGAAAUCGCGCAAGAAGAAGUCAAAGGGCAAGAAGUCCGCGGACAAGGGAACUGAUGACAAACAAAACGUUCGCAUCGAGGGCCUUAGCUUCAAGCGCAUUGUACCCGGUGCCAUGAUUUUGGGUCAAGUUUCGAGUAUCAACGCCCACGACAUCGCCCUUUCGCUGCCCAAUAACCUUACCGGCUACGUCCCCCUCACAUCCGUUUCAAAGGGCCUCGAAGACAGACUCGAGAAGAUGUUGAACGACGAAGGUGAAGAGGAUGAUGCAGAGGACAGCUCAGAUGAAGAGUCUUUUGAUCUGAAGGAUCAUUUCUAUUUGGGUCAAUAUCUGCGGGCAUACGUCGUGUCUACCGGCAGCAACCCCGAUGAUCCGAAGGCAAAGAGCAAAAAGCGAAUUGAGCUUUCCGUUGACCCUAGACAAACAAACACGGGAUUCUCGAAGUCCGAUCUUGUCGUGAACUCGGCUGUCCAAGCGUCCGUUGUCAGUGUGGAAGAUAACGGUGUGGUCAUGGACCUUGGCAUUGAAGGCUCAGAGCUGAAGGGCUUCAUGUCUUCCAAGGAGACCGACCCCAAGGUGGAUUAUUCUAGCAUCAAGGAGGGCUCUGUUUUCCUUUGCAUGGUCACUGGUCAGAACCCCGGUGGCAAUGUCAUCAAGCUGUCCUCCAACUUCCAAACGUCUGCCUCGAUCAAAAAGUCCAACUACCUCAGCUCGGCCCCUACAAUCAACACUUUCCUCCCCGGUACCGCCGCAGAAAUUCUUCUCACCGAAGUCGAGUCGAACGGAAUGAUUGGAAAGAUUAUGGGAAUGCUCGACGCAACCGUCGAUCUGGUCCAGUCUAGCAUCAACGGUAAGAUCGACCUGGAAAACAAAUUCAAGAUUGGCGCAAAGAUUAAGGGCCGUAUUAUCUCGACUUUCCCGGCUGCUGAUCCGCCAAAGGUCAGCUUUUCCAUGCUUGACCAUGUGCUUAAGCUCUCUUCUGAUGCCCGCGGUCCCGGUUCUUCUGAUGAUGCCCCUGCUAUUUCUGCCAUCAUUCCCGAGGCCAAGGUCGUGAAGGUUGAUCAUGGUCUGGGUGUCUAUGCUCGCAUUGGAGAGACAAAACAUAUGGGCUUCGUUCACAUGUCGAGACUCUCUGAUGGUAAGGUCGAAACGAUUGACGAGAGUUCUGGAGCUUUCCAGCUAGAUGCUGUCCACGAGGCAAGAGUCAUUGGAUACAACUCGAUCGAUAAUCUCUACAUUCUCUCAUUUGAGAAGAGCAUUAUCGAGCAGCCCUUCCUUCGCAUCGAAGAUGUGAAUGUGGGUGCUAUUGUGAAAGGAAAGGUUGAGAAGCUUAUGAUCGGUCCCGAGGGUAUGACCGGACUGAUCGUCAACCUGGCCGACGGAAUAAGCGGUCUUGUUCCCUCCAUGCACUUUGCGGAUACCAUGCUUCAGUUCCCAGAGAAGAAGUUCCGUGAGGGCCAGAAGCUCUCGUUGAGAAUCCUCUCUGUCAACAUCGAAAAACGCCAAAUUCGCUUGACCCUGAAGAAGAGCUUGCUCAACAGCGAGUCUGCUAUCUGGAAGGACUAUAAAGAUAUCACUCCCUCGGCCCAGUCUCCUGGUACCAUUGUCAGCCUCCAGAGCCACGGUGCCGUUGUGCAGUUCUACGGUGAGGUCCGUGGUUUCCUUCCUGUCUCCGAAAUGAGUGAAGCCUACAUCCAGGAUCCGGCCCAACACUUCAGACUCGGCCAGGUCGUUAAUGUUCAUGCUUUGAGCGUGGAUGCAUCUCUUGGAAGACUUGCUGUUUCCUGCAAGGACCCCUCGACAUUUACCGAGAAGUACCGCGAGGCCUUUGAAAACCUUCAUCCCGGCCACCUUGUUUCUGGAACUGUCUUCGAGAAGUCCAAUGAUGAUGUGCUUCUUAAGCUUGACGACUCGAUGCUGUCCAAGCUCCGCGUCGGUCAGAAGCUGAACGAUCUUUUGGUCCUCAACAUCCAGCGCGCUCACCGUCUUAUCAAGGUUUCCAGCAGGGCCAGCUUGAAGAAAGCUGCUAAGCAGAAGAACAUCCCCGGCCAGUUCGAGGAUGUCCAAGAGGGCUCCCUUGUCACCGGAUUCAUCCGCAACAUCACACCCGACGGUGUCUUUGUUGAGUUCCUUGGCGGCCUCACUGGCUUGCUCCCCAAGCGUCUCAUGGAGGAUGCCAACCUCGAGCAGCCUCACUACGGGCUGUCAAAGGCGCAAACGAUUGUUGUCAAUGUGCAGUCUGUGGAUCAGGAUUUCAAACGUUUCAUUCUGAGUAUGAAGCCUGUCCAGGCUACCCAAGCUGCUCCCAAGAAAGCGGCCAAGCAGACCGAUGAGACUGUCGCCAACCCUGUCGAUAACAACAUCAAGAGCAUGUCCGACUUCACUUUCGGCAGAAUCGUUGAGUGUAAGGUCGUCUCUAUCAAGGCAACUCAGGUCAACGUCCAGCUCGCGGAUAACGUUCAGGGUCGCAUUGAUGUGUCCGAGGUAUUCGACGACUGGAAAGACAUUAAGGAUCGCAAGCAGCCCUUGCGAUUCUUCAAAGCCAAGCAAACUCUUUCCGCCAGAAUCCUUGGUGUUCACGAUGCCCGUAACCACAAGUUCCUCCCCAUCAGCCACCGCACUGGAAAAUACCCUGUCUUUGAGCUCUCUAUCAAGCCAAGCUACCUCAAGGCCGCCAACCCUGCCCCUCUUAACAUGGAGCAGGUUCAAGUCGGCUCUUCUUGGGUUGGUUUCGUCAACAAUGUCGCCGAUGACUGCCUCUGGGUCAACCUGUCUCCCAAUGUGCGCGGCAGACUGCGCUUCAUGGAUGCAUCGGACGAUCUGUCCUUGUUGACUGAUAUCGAGAAGAACUUCCCCAUCGGCUCUGCUUUGAAGGUUCAGGUCACCGCUGUCGAUGCCGAGAAGGGCCACCUCAACCUCUCUGCUAAGCAAGGAUACGACAAGCUCACAUUUGGAGAUAUCUCCGUUGGCAUGAUAUUGCCCGGCCGCGUUACCAAGGUUACUGAGCGCCAGCUCGUUAUGCAGCUUGGUGAGUCACUUGUCGGCGCAGUCAACCUGAUUGACCUUGCAGAUGACUACUCAAAGGCCAACCCUACCGUCCACCACAAGAACGAAGUUCUCCGAGCAUGUGUCAUUGCCGUUGACAAGUCCAACAAGAAGAUUGCCUUGUCGCUACGUCCUUCCAAGGUCAUGAGCUCCUCUCUCCCCGUGCAGGAUCGUGAGAUCUCUUCGCUCAAGGAUGUCAAGCCCAACGACAUCAUUCGUGGAUUCGUCCGACGAGUCACCGAUUCCGGUCUCUUCGUGGCAGUCAGCCACGAUAUCACUGCUUACGUUCGCGUGUCUGACCUUUCCGAUUCUUAUCUCAAGGAAUGGAAGGAUUCCUUCCAGCCAGACCAGCUUGUCAAGGGCAAGGUCACAUUCGUUGACGCUGAGCAAGGCAAGUUGCAGAUGAGUUUGAAGGAGUCUGUUCUAGACCCCAACUUCAAGGCUCCCAUCACUCUUAAGGAUCUUAAGGUUGGUCAGAUUGUCACCGGCAAGGUCCGCAAGGUCGAGGAGUUCGGUGCUUUCAUCGUCAUUGACGGGUCUUCAAACAUCAGCGGUCUCUGCCACCGAAGUGAGAUGGCCGAGAAGCGCGUCGAGGAUGCUCGCAAACUGUACGAGGAAGGCGAUGUUGUUAAGGCCAAGGUCAUCAAGAUUGACCUUGAGUCGAAGAAGAUCUCGUUCUCACUCAAGGCUUCCCACUUCCAGGAUGAAGAGGAAGACAGCGAGGAUGAGGACAGCAUGAGCAUCGACGGUGUCGCCGGUGUCCAACUUGGCGAGGACAGCGAGGAUGAGGAUGACGAUGAUGAGUCCAUGGGAGGUGUUGAUGUGGAGGAAGAUAGCGAGGAGGACGACGAAGAGGAGGAUGAAGAAUCUGAGGAAGACGAGGAAGACGAGGAAGAUGUCCCGGUGCAGAAGCCCAGCAAGGUCGGAGGUCUCGGUGCGAGCGGCUUCGAUUGGAGCGGUACCGCCAAGACCGAUGCCGCCGCGGACUCCGACAGCGAAGAUGAGGGCUCCAAAAAGAAGAAGAAGAAGAACCGCAAGGCCGAGAUCCAGGUCGACCGGACCGGUGACUUGGACGCCAAUGGCCCACAGUCCGUUGCCGACUUCGAGCGACUCCUUCUCGGUGAGCCCGACUCUUCGCUGCUGUGGCUGCAGUACAUGGCCUUCCAGCUGGAGCUGGGUGAGGUCGAGAAGGCUCGCGCCACUGCUGAACGUGCUUUGCGCACUAUCACCAUGGGCCAGGAUGCCGAGAAGUUGAACAUCUGGGUUGCGCUGCUGAACAUGGAGAACACCUACGGUGAUGACGACAGUCUCGAGGAGGUCUUCACACGUGCCUGCCAAUACAACGAGCCCCAAGAGAUCUACGAGCGGAUGAUCAGUAUCUACAUCCAAUCUGGCAAGAACCAGAAAGCAAGUGAUCUCUUCUACGCUGCUCUCAAGAAGAAGAUUUCUUCCCAGUCCCCCAAAUUCUUCUACAACUACGCCAGCUUCCUCUUCGACACCAUGAACUCUCCCGAUCGCGCUCGCGCUCUCCUCCCGCGCGCUCUCCAGUCUCUCCCUGCCCACACCCACGUCGAGACGACCUCCAAGUUCGCCCAGCUCGAGUUCCGCUCCGCCAACGGAGAUGUUGAGCGCGGUCGUACCGUCUUCGAGGGUCUUCUGUCCUCGUUCCCCAAGCGUAUUGACUUGUGGAAUGUUCUGCUGGACCUGGAGAUCAAGGUCGGCGAUGCAGAGCAAGUGCGCCGUCUCUUCGAGCGUGUCCUUGGUCUCCAGAGUGGCAAGAAGGGACCCGUUAGCGUGGACGCUAGCAAAAAGCUCAAACCUAAACAGGCCCGCUUCCUGUUCAAGAAAUGGCUUUCCUUUGAAGAGGGUCUGGCUGCUGAUAAUGGCGAUGAAAAGAUGGUUGAAGAGGUCAAGGCACGGGCUGUUACCUAUGUCAAGUCCCUUCAGGAGUAA